UACAUUCACGCACCUGGGGGUUCCCCAAAGGGAAUCCCACAAAUGACGUCACCCCUAUAAAUCUAAAUAGUAAAUAGGUCAAAUCAGAGAGAGGCCGGUCACACAGCUUUUGCAGACUUCCAUGCUGCAGACGGACGUUUGACGGACGUUAAAACUGAGAAGGCAGGUAAUCCCUUGUUGUUGGAGGACAGGGAGAUAUGGAGACGGAAGACUAUGUCUGCACAGGGUCCUUUAUUUUCACAUUCUUUGUUGCGAUUGUGUCAGGAAGACGAGCAUGGAUGCUGAUAGACAUGAUUUCAACGAUCGUCUUUGGAGUGUGGUUUUUCUUCCCAAAGAGCAUUUUGCCUUUGCAGGCAGAUCUUGUUAUAGACUCUGGUCAUGUUUUACUUUGCCACAUGGUAGCUGCAACACUCCUUGGAUCUGCAGUGGUGUGGGCAUUGAGUAGAAACUCCAGUGAUGAGACGGUGCAAGUAACUAUGCUUAUCACCAGGGUAUUGAGUGCCUCUCUUAUACUGAUCUACAUGAUAUAUGCCCAAUAUGCCAAUGCUCAAGCCAAACAUGGAAGGUUUACCCAACAGAAUUAUUGGUUUGGCAUACUGGGAACAACACUAUGGGACCUUGGAAACAUCAUCCAGCUUCUGAGAACAGUGGAGUGGGGAGGAGGGGCAGAGAAUACCUCGUCAGGGUUGGACCACAGCCUAAGGAGGGACUUUUUUGUUAUCUUCAUCGGGGGAGUUGUAAUGGCUACAUUUGCUGGGAGUACAGUCCAGUGUUUAUUUCCACAUCUCAUUCUUGACGGUAUACAUUCUCAUAUGGACCGCACUGUUGGUGCUCUGAAUAUUGGAAUGGCCUUCCUGUCCUUCAUAGCACCAGGCUUCCACUCAGAUGAGGAUAAAAGAGCUGUAUUACUGGGCAGGAUUGUGCAAUGUAUCAUGCUUUUGGCCAGUGUUGCAUGGCAGCAUUUUUAUAUCAUCUCCAUGACAACCACACAAACAUUGACAGUGGGGGCACCACUAGCCCUCCUACCUGCCUCAAAUUAUUGGUUUGGCAUACUGGGAACAACACUAUGGGACCUUGGAAACAUCAUCCAGCUUCUGAGAACAGUGGAGUGGGGAGGAGGGGCAGAGAAUACCUCGUCAGGGUUGGACCACAGCCUAAGGAGGGACUUUUUUGUUAUCUUCAUCGGGGGAGUUGUAAUGGCUACAUUUGCUGGGAGUACAGUCCAGUGUUUAUUUCCACAUCUCAUUCUUGACGGUAUACAUUCUCAUAUGGACCGCACUGUUGGUGCUCUGAAUAUUGGAAUGGCCUUCCUGUCCUUCAUAGCACCAGGCUUCCACUCAGAUGAGGAUAAAAGAGCUGUAUUACUGGGCAGGAUUGUGCAAUGUAUCAUGCUUUUGGCCAGUGUUGCAUGGCAGCAUUUUUAUAUCAUCUCCAUGACAACCACACAAACAUUGACAGUGGGGGCACCACUAGCCCUCCUACUGCUCAGUGGAUACUUAAGUUCUGGGGAAAGGAAGAAAGAGGAUUGA